UCAACCUCUCGACAGCGAGAGCGAGUAGUUUCGCUGUAAUUUAGCCGGCGUCCACGUUUACAGAGUGAUUGUGUUAUUUUUUAGUAUUUCUUUUGUUAAUUUAUAUUUUAUUGUGUUUUGAUCAGAGGAAACUAAUGAUAAUGCAAAUGCCGAGAAACGUUUGGUGUUGCGGAGGAAAUCUACGUCUGAAAUGUUUCAUCAUCGGAUACUUAAAUCUUUUCGCCAGUAUCAUUGACAUCGGGUGUCAUGUGAUGAUUGUGGCCAUUGUCACAAACGGGUUUCAAUGUGAUGUUGACAGAGAAAGUCUCCGAUCCAUUGACUGGCCCUGGCUGGAACCAUUCUUACUGAUCAUCAACCUUGGUACUCAUGGCUUUUACCCGUUCCCUCUUGUGCUGCCGUCAUACAACAGUAUUCACAUUGACUACAUUCCUAUUCCUUCGCAACCAAGAUGCUAUCCUGGGAUGCUGCAUCUCUACUUGAUAGAUAUCCUAAACUUCUUAAUCAAUGUGAUCUGGCUCAAAUUUGUCGUGGCCUUUGUAUCCGCAGUUCAUAAGAAAGAUCCGGAACCUAUGCGCAUGUUCUUUGGCCUGUCCAUGGUGAAACUUGUACUGCAGAUUUUGUACUUCUUCUCACAGCCAAACAUUUAUAAUUAUGCAGUGGAAGCAUACUGGUUUAUAAGUCUCAUGGAUGCUUGUAUUGCGACAAUCUUCCUGAUGAUCAUCCAUGGGUACGUAGUUCAACUGCGCAAUGAAAAGUCUCAGACGAAGAUCGAGCAGCCUCCCUCUUACAUAGAAUGCCUGAUCAACGGACCCCUGACACGAGUUGAUGAGAAAAAGGAAUCUGUUCUUGUUAUCGAAGAAAAAAAGUCUGAACCACCAGCUGAAGUUGAACAAAGAGAACGAUGUUGAUCUGAUAUUUAUUGAAGUAAUUUGAUUAUCAAAGUAUAGUUAUAACAUACAAACAUGCUUAAUAUAUAUAUAUUUUUUAAUUUCACGGUCACUAUGAACUCAUUUGAUUGUACGGAACUUACCGCGAUUAUUAUUUUUACACUGGUGGCACAUGGUAGCGGGCGAACCAUCACGUGUGUCGCGUAGAAUCAAAAAUAUACAUGUAAAAUUAUUUAAAAUAAAAAUUUCAGUAUAUUUUUCAAUAUAUACAGUUAGUUAUAUUAUCUGUUAUACGUUCUUUUUUUUAAUUUAAAACGAAAUAUCCCUAAUCUCGAAUUUAUAUCGGCAUAUGAUUACACAUUAUAGAAUAACCAGGUAUGUUUAUUAUAAUUUUAAUCGGCGUAUUUAAAUAAAGUAUUAAUAAAUAAA